CAACAAGCACGCUACAGAUUUCAUUAAGCCUAUAGUAUUAAAAACAAUAACAUUAUAAAUUCAAAAUAAAUAAAAGCAACAGUAAAUGUAGCGUGAUGCUUGGACCAUGAAAUAUAUCGAUCAACGAAGUCUAUUCAUUUUGACAGUUGGGCGGAAAUAUGUUCAAAGGUUGAUGGGAUUUACAUAUAGUGCGCGAAAGCGCUAAAUUUAGCCAAUGGUCGAGCUAGGUGAUUACGUCAUUUGAAUUCACUUUGUUUUAUGCACGCCUAGGAGCAUCAUGGAAAGAUUCGAGAUAAAACUCGGCCUUUUCCGUAUUUGUUCUAUUUUUGAAAACUUACUAGAGCGUGACUCCGUACUGUCUUCUUUAUACUGUUGGAAAUCACUUGUGUAAAGAUGGCAGCUAGCACAGACCCUGUAAUAAACAACACAGACAGAUGGAUAGAAGAAAACAAGAAAUUCUUUCUUCCUCCAGUGUGCAACAAAAUGAUGCACCAGGAUGGGCAGAUGAAGUCGUUCUACGUGGGAGGCCCUAACCAGCGGAAGGACUACCACAUUGAGGAGGGGGAAGAGCUGUUCUACAUGGUUAAGGGCGACAUGUGCCUCAAGGUCGUGGAGUGUGGAAAACACAAGGACGUUGUCAUAAAGGAGGGAGAGAUUUUUCUUCUGCCCGGGAGCAUUGCGCACUCCCCUCAGCGACAGGCGGACACAGUGGGUCUUGUUAUUGAGAGGGAACGCUCCGAUGAUGAGAAGGACGGGCUCAGGUACUUCAUUGAGGCCGAUGGAAAAGCUACACUGGACUCGCUGUAUGAGGAAUGGUUCCACUGUGAAGAUCUUGGCUCCCAGCUCGGACCAAUUAUUAAGAGAUAUUUUGCAUCAGAACAGCAUAAAACAGGAAAACCUGUACCAGGCACAAUCCCUGAGAAGCCCCCAGUGAAGCUGAACCCAAGUCUGACACUUCAGGAUCCAUUCAACCUUAAUGACUUCAUCAAGAAAAACAGGGCUGAGAUUGAUACCAAGGGAUUUGUCAAGCUCUUUCAAAGAGACGACUAUACCCACCAAUUUCAGGUGUUUUUGUAUGGGAAGGGAGACAACAAAGGGAAAUGUGAUGUUGCAGAGACGUUUAUUUGGGUGCUGGAGGGACAGUGUGAAGUAACCACAGGAGGAAAGAACUACACCCUGGGAAAGGGAGAUAAUAUGCUCAUCAGACAGGGACAGCAAUACUCUGCUUCUAGAAAUGAGGGAUCAAUGGCCCUUAUUUGUUACCAGGAUCCAACAUUGAAGAAAAAAGUGGAGUAAAUGAUCAGCGAACACUUGUGUUACACCUGUGGCUGAAAAUGUGUGGACAACUUGUGUUAAUGCAUUUCAUGUAUAAUGUAGGGUACCCAUGUGGCUAAAAAUAUGUGGACAACUUGUGUUAAUGCAUUUCAUGUAUAAUGGAGUGUACCCAUGUGGCUAAAAAUAUGUGGACAACUUGUGUUAAUGCAUUUCAUGUAUAAUGUAGGGUACCCAUGUGGCUAAAAAUGUGUGGACAACUUGUGUUAAUACGUUUUAUGUAUAAUGUUGUGUACCCAUGUGGCUAAAAAUAUGUGGACAAUUUGUGAUAAUCGUUCCUAAAGGGAUUUACCGUAAAAGUAUUGUCAGGGCAUGAAGUAUUAAAUAUUUAAAACAUUA